CCCGGGCAAAGGGAGGCAGAGGAGGGAGAGACCCACGCCCAGCCUUCCUCCAGCUUCCACCCCGGGUUCCAUGCUCCCCAGCCGCCCUCUCCAUGCAGGGGGAUCCUUCCCGCCCCCUGUCUGAGGAAGAGCCCGAGUGGGGGGAGGGGAGGGUCUGCCUUGCGGAGGCCCAGCAGGAGGGGAGUGAAGCCGGGCGAGGAGGAGGCAGGAUUCGCACCAGGCUCCCUGUCUCCGGAGGGGGAGAGAAGCGGGGCGGCCUCUCCAGCUGCCUCCUUCCCGGCCCUGCUCGGGGGCACCUCAGUCCUGCGCUGGGAUGAGCCUCUUGGGGCUCCGGGGAGGUUGGGGGAAGGUCGCUCAGUGGCUGAAUUCCACUUUCUAAUUCUUAAUAUUUAUUUUUUCUUCCCAUCUCAGAUACAGAAACUGGAAGCCAUUUGUGGUCUUUGCAAGGCAAACUUUCCUCUUGGGGAAAAAAAAGAGCGGAAUAUUUUGGAAAAUAAAAAAAUCAGAAUCCCUUGGAGGGAUCAGUCCUGCAGCCCCAGAAAUGGUCCCGUGAAGGAAAAGGCACCUGGAGACCCACCAGAGUCCUUGGAGCCAUUUGCAGUUGCUCUGCAGGACAGAGAAAGGAUGGAGACACAACCUUUUGGAAAGGAGGGAAGCGGAAAAGGCCCUUCAGCUGCUCAGCCUCAGAAGGGGCGGAAGCUCUGGACAAGGACUGGGCAGGAGAUCCUGGAGGAGGAAACCGUCCUCCCUUCAGAAGUUCAGCCCUGGACCUCCAUCCAAUACCAGGAGGCUGAGGGUCCCCGAGGACUUUGCAGCCGACUCCAUGGCUUUUGCAGGCGAUGGCUGCGACCAGAAAAGCACACCAGAGCUCAGAUGCUGGACCUGGUGGUUCUGGAGCAGUUCCUGGCUCUUCUGCCCCCAGAGAUGGAGAGCUGGGUGCGGGAGUAUGGAGCAGAGACCAGUUCCCAGGCGGUGGCCCUGGUGGAAGGCUUCCUCCUGAGCCAGGUGGAGGAACAGAAGGAGCAAGUCGAGUUGCAGUGCUGCACUGUGGAAAUCAGAGAUCCUGAGGGAAAGAAGAACCCAUCAAAUCCUCCCCAGGAGCUAUUUUUCAGGAGGAUUCUUUGGAAGGAUCAAAGUCGGGACACUUUAGGAGAGAAACAAAGAAUGAAAUUUUCUGGUUUUUAUGACGGCGAUCAAACAGUGGCUGAACCUCUAAAUCAAGAGAGUCUUGUGUCCUUCGAGGAGGUGGCUGUGUAUUUCUCUGAGGAGGAAUGGUCUCAGCUGGAUCCUAACCAGAAAGCGCUGCAUUCGAAAGUCAUGCUUGAAAACUAUAGGAACGUGGUCUCUCUCGGUAAUAAUGGGCAGGAGAAUCAAGAUUCCUGUGAACUGCUCCAAAUGAUCAAUGCUAAAGAUGGAACGGAGAAGUUUGGAAUUCGAAUGGAACCAGAAACCCAUGAUAGAAACCAGUCAAAUAAUUGGAAUCAGGAAAGCUCAUCUUCCACCGAUGCUCCGAUGCAAGACUUUCUUGCCCAACAGGAGAAAAUAAGGAAAAAAUAUAUUGGGGAAAGUGUGAAGCCAAUCAAAGCUAAAUUACAAGUAAAAGAACACUAUAUAAGCCAAAACAAAGGAGAAGAUGCUAUAAGAAGACACAACGGACAAAGUUCCAAUGGGACAUUCAUUCCUUCUCUUGGAAAUAAGUUCCUUACAUUUCAAAAAGUGAUAGAAACAAAUGAGAAGCCUUACAAAUGUUUGGAAUGUGGAACAUGUUUUAGAACAAGCAGGCAACUUACUUCCCAUAAGAGGAUCCACACAGGGGAGAAGCCGUAUAAAUGCACGGAGUGCGAAAAAACCUUUGCUCGAAGAAGUAGUCUUAUUUCCCAUAAGAGGAUCCACACAGGGGAGAAGCCGUAUAAAUGCAUAGAGUGUGGAAAAACCUUUGCUCAAAGAGGUAAUCUUAUUUCCCAUAAGAGGAUCCACACAGGGGAGAAGCCGUAUAAAUGCAUGGAGUGUGGAAAAACCUUUGCCCAAAGAGGUAAUCUUAUUUCCCAUGAAAGGUUCCACACAGGGGAGAAACCGUGUAAAUGCAUGGAGUGUGGAAAGACGUUUGGUCAAAGAGGUCAUCUUAUUUCCCACAAAAUGAUCCACACACGGGAGAACCCGUAUAAAUGCAUGGAGUGCGAAAAAACCUUUACACGAAGAAGUAGUCUUAUUUCCCAUAAGAGGAUCCACACAGGGGAAAAGCCGUAUAAAUGCAUAGAGUGUGGAAAAACCUUUGCUCACAAAAGUAGUCUUAUUUCCCAUAAGAGGGUCCACACAGGGGAGAAGCCGUUUAAAUGCAUGGAGUGUGGAAAGACCUUUGCUAAGAACUGUGAUCUAAGAGCACAUGAAAGGUUCCACACAGGGGAGAAACCGUAUAAAUGCAUGGAGUGUGGAAAGACGUUUGGUCAAAGAGGUCAUCUUAUUUCCCACAAAAUGAUCCACACAGGGGAGAAGCCAUAUGAAUGCAUGGAAUGCGAAAAAACCUUUGCUCGAAGAAGUAGUCUUAUUUCCCAUAAGAGGAUCCACACAGGGGAGAAGCCGUAUAAAUGCAUGGAGUGUGGAAAGGCCUUUGCUCGAAGAGGUAGUCUUAUUUCCCAUAAGAGGAUCCACACAGGGGAGAAGCCGUAUAAAUGCAUAGAGUGUGGAAAAACCUUUGCUCAAAGAGGUAAUCUUAUUUCCCAUAAGAGGAUCCACACAGGGGAGAAGCUGUAUAAAUGCAUGGAAUGUGGAAAGAUGUUUUCUGAAAGAGCUCAUCUUAUUUGCCAUGAGAGGAUCCACACAGGGGAGAAGCCGUAUAAAUGCAUGGAGUGUGGAAAGACCUUUGCUCGAAGAGCUAAUCUUAUUUGCCAUGAGAGGAUCCACACAGGGGAGAAGCCGUAUAAAUGCAUGGAGUGUGGAAAGACCUUUGCUCGAAGAGGUUAUCUUAUAUCCUACAAAAUGAUCCACACAGGGGAGAAGCCGUAUAAAUGCAUGGACUGCAAAAAAACCUUUGCUCGAAGAAGUAGUCUUAUUUCUCAUAAAAUGAUCCACACAGGGGAGAAGCCGUAUAAAUGCAUAGAGUGCGAAAAAACCUUUACACGAAGAAGUAGUCUUAUUUCCCAUAAGAGGAUCCACACAGGGGAAAAGCCGUAUAAAUGCAUAGAGUGUGGAAAAACCUUUGCUCACAGAAGUAGUCUUAUUUCCCAUAAGAGGAUCCACACAGGGGAGAAGCCGUAUAAAUGCAUGGAGUGUGGAAAGACCUUUGCUAAGAACUGUGUCCGAAGAGCACAUGAAAGGUUCCACACAGGGGAGAAACCGUAUAAAUGCAUAGAGUGUGGAAAAACCUUUGCUCACAGAAGUAGUCUUAUUUCCCAUAAGAGGAUCCACACAGGGGAGAAGCCGUAUAAAUGCAUGGAGUGCGGAAAGACCUUUGCUCGAAGAGCUAAUCUUACUUGCCAUGAGAGGAUCCACACAGGGGAGAAGCCAUAUAAAUGCAUGGAGUGUGGAAAGGCCUUUGCUCAAAGAAGUCAUCUUAUUUCCCAUAAGAGGAUCCACACAGGGGAGAAGCUGUAUAAAUGCAUGGAGUGUGGAAAGAUGUUUUCUGAAAGAGCUCAUCUUAUUUGCCAUGAGAGGAUCCACACAGGGGAAAAGCCGUAUAAAUGCAUGGAGUGUGGAAAGACCUUUGCUAAGAACUGUGUCCUAAGAGCACAUGAAAGGUUCCACACAGGGGAGAAACCGUAUAAAUGCAUGGAGUGUGGAAAGACAUUUGGUCAAAGAGCUCAUCUUAUUUGCCAUGAGAGGAUCCACACAGGGGAGAAGCCGUAUAAAUGCAUGGAGUGUGGAAAGGGCUUUGCUCAGAAAGUUAGUCUUACUUCUCAUAAAAGGAUCCACGCUCAGGAGAAAGUGUAUAGCAAUAGUAAUUCCACUUAGACUUAUAUACCAGUCUAUAAUGCUUUAUAGCACUCUUUGAGCAGUUUACAAAGUCAGCAUAUGGUCUCCAGCAAUCUGGGUCCUCAUUUUAACCACCUCAGAAGGAUGAAAGCUGAAUCAACCAUGACCCUGUCAGAAUCAAACUUAUGGCUGUGGGCAAUUAGCCUAUAGUACUGCAUUCUAACCGCUGAUCCACCAGCAUAGAUUUUGAUUUGUAUGCAUAUUGUGCCUUUCGGAUCCAAACAAGACAAGGUAGAAUCCAACAAAAUGAAAUUUAAUGUGGAGAAAAGUAAGCUUUUACAUCUGGGCAGGAAAGACAGAUUACCUGAAACCUGGCUGGAAAAUAGUAACUGUGAAGGGUCCUUGGAGUCGGAAUUGAUGAUCAAUGAAGCAUGAAUUACCUGUGUGCGGCAGCAGCCAAAAAAACGAAUACAAUCCUUGGUUGUAUAAACAGAGGCAUAGAAUAAAAAUCAGAUGAAGUAUUAGUACCAGUUCAUAAAGACUUAGUAAGAAAACCCCUGGAAUACCGCAUCCUGUUUGGGUCAUCACAUUGCAAAGCAGAUGUUGAAACUUUGGAAAAAGAGCAAAGAAGAGCAGCUAAGCUGAUUAAAGGCCGGAAGACUAAAACAAGAACUAUUAUAGGAACUGGGCUAGUCUAGUGAAGAGAAGGACCAGGGGAGACAGGAUAGCAGUGUUCCAAUAUUUGAGGGGCUGCCACAGAAAGGAGAGGGUCAAUGUCAGGUAUGCUUCCUUCAAAGUCCAAGAAAGAAUGACCCACCGUUUCCAUGGCAGCCAAAGCAGUAAAAGGUGACUAUUUUCCAAGGCACCUGAAGGCCAGACAAGGAAUAAUGGAUGGAAACUUAUCAAGGAGAGAAGCAACCUGGAACUUUCUUACAAUGAGGACAAUUCACCCGUGGAACAGCUUCCCUUCAGAUAGCAUGGGUGCUUCCUCACUGGACAUUUUUAAGAAGACACUGGACAGUUUCAAGUAACUCCCUCUGAUGAGUAUUCCACUAGAGCAGAGUUGCAGGCAGAAAUGCAAUUAGUCCUGAAUCCCUUACUAUUAUUUCAGCUUUUCUUACUUUGCUUAGUAUUAUCACAGUCUGCUUUUCCAGCAUUUCACUUUAUACAAGUAAUAACUGAGAAAGACAACCAUAAGGAGAACGGGGUUGUAGUGAUGCUGAGUUAGAAAAUGCAACUCAUAGGCUCUUUGUACUAAUUUUGUGGUGAUCUUUCCUUGCCUUCCCUCGUGUUGCCCAUCUCUGGACUCACACAAUCUUAUCAAUACAUUUUUUAAAGUGAAGUCUCCAGAACUGGACACAGUAUUCCAAAUGGAGUCUCACUAAAGCCCUAUGUAGAGGGAUAGGAGCUCCUUUUUGCUGAGGGUGAUACAUCUGGUGAUGCAUCUCAGAAUUUUGUUUGCCUUCCCAGCUGCCUGGCUACACUGCUUACUUAUGUUGCAGUUAUCCUUGUUUCAGUGCCAUGGCAACUACUUUCACAGAGUUGUGUAAAAGAAGGGAAGAGAAAGCAGUGGUAGGGAUAUGUGAACACAUAUUAAGUUCCCAUAGGUAGGCAGCCUGCUGGCCAACCCAGGCAGUCCCUGAUUUACAAUAAUUUAUUAAGUAACCAUUUGAAGUUACAAUGGCAAUAAAUGAUGGCUCUGACCUCCUCCUUCCCUCCCUCCCUCCCUCCCA